GCAGCAGCAGCACCACAGUUUGUUUCCCACCUGCAGGCCAUCGUGUUGCUGUACUGGGAGACUCCUUGGCACGUUAUUAAUUGUCCCUCCGUCCUGUCUCCUGUCUCCGUGUCUCCGUGUCUCUGGCUCCUCCCCGCACUGAUUAAAUGCCGGCUGGCCGCUCCAGCCUGCUGCAGUUGAAGGCAGCCGUGUCAGAGGAGCUGUAGGGUUGGACUUUAUCAUCCUGACAGCAAGCAAACAUUUGAGUGUCUGUGUGAGCUUUUUCUUCGGGCACCCUCUCCAUCCAAGAAGACUCAGAUAUGAAGACCAUUCUUGCUGCAUACUCUGGCUUCCUCAAAGGCACCGGCUCCAGCAUCCUCUCUGCCCUGCAGGACCCGUCCGGGGCUUUUUGGCCCUGCAAAUCCAAGAUGGAAAAACAUCUGCAGGUCAUCUCAGUGCUGCAGUGGGUCAUCAGCUUCUUAGCCAUGGGUGCUGCCUGCACUGUGCUACUGAUCUACAUGUUCUGCACUGACUGCUGGCUUAUUUCUGCCAUUUACACCGCCUGGCUCAUCGUUGACUGGAACACACCGAAACAAGGUGGCAGGAGGUCCUCGUGGGUGAGAAACUGGACAGUGUGGACAUAUUUCCGAGACUACUUCCCGGUCAGGCUCAUUAAAACCCACAACCUGUUGCCCAACCGGAACUACAUCUUUGGCUAUCAUCCCCACGGCAUCUUCGCAUUCGGUGCUUUCUGUAACUUCGGGACAGAGGCCACGGGCUUCUCCAAGAAAUUCCCGGGCAUCAAGCCCUCCCUGGCAACCCUGGCAGGAAACUUCCGCUUGCCUGUCCUUCGAGACUACCUGAUGUCUGGAGGUAUCUGUCCAGUGAACAGGAACUCCAUCGACUACCUGCUGUCACGUAACGGGACAGGAAAUGCUGUGAUCAUCGUUGUUGGAGGAGCGGCGGAGUCUCUGCAGUGUGCACCGGGCAUGAACUCCGUCACCCUGAAGAACCGCAAAGGCUUUGUGAGGCUGGCUCUACAGAAAGGCUCUGACCUGGUUCCGGUGUAUUCCUUCGGAGAGAACGACGCCUACAAGCAGGUGAUCUUGGAGGAGGGGACCUACUGGAGAGCUCUCCAAAGGAGGCUACAGAAGAUCUUAGGCUUUGCCCCAUGCCUUUUCCACGGAUGUGGCCUGUUCUUCGGCAACUCCUGGGGCAUUGUACCUUAUGGCAACCCCAUCACCACCAUAGUUGGGGAGCCAAUCACAGUGCCAAAAAUUGAGGAUCCGACUGAGGAGAUGGUGGACCUGUACCAUGCAAUGUACAUCAGGUCCCUGCAGUGCCUUUUUGACAAGUACAAGACCCGCUCUGGCCUGAAAGAGAGCGAUGUCCUGUACAUCCAGUGAAAGGACAAGGGGUUCCUGUCGAAGCUCUGAACUGUUGACAGCAUCUUCAGACCCAUCCGCCCCCUUCUCCACCCCGUCCCCGUCCAAUCUUGGUGCCUGGUUUGGAUUAUCUCUGGACUGCAAACUCUGCAAAACGAGCAUGUUUGCCAAAGAAACCUUUGCUCUCUGCAUCGUUUCACACACACAUAUAGGUAUCGUUCCUUCUCAGGAAACGGCAGGUUGGAAGAAUAGUCACCUCUCCUUGCUGCUGUAAUCAGGUUGAACUGACUAGGUUGGACAAAGAUAUACCAAAUCCCUCAUCAAAAAGUGUGCCAUUGUUGUUUCUAUUUCCAUUUGUCAAUGAAGGCAUCAGGUUUGGGCUGUGUUUAUCAGUGUAGAGGGGGGUGAACUCCACUAGAUGGAGCUGGAAGGUAACUCGAGAGAAGUGCCAAUGCUUUUGCUGUCUUUCACUCAUGCAGCCAUAUAAUUCUCACUAAACUCUUUAAGAUUAUAUGCUAAAAGCACAAGCAAUGCAAAUGGAAGAUACCACUUCAUUAUUGGGAUAAUAAGCCCAAAGCUUAAUUGAGCCAAAGACCCAGGUUGUCCCCACACAUGCAUGCAUUUCUACUGUAUGAAAGCCAAAAGUGAAGGAAUUCUACAGGGUGGAUAUAUAUACAUAUAUUAUGAAUGCACAGGAUAUGUGUGAUUGUAUAAUGCCAUAAAGUAUUAAUUGUAUUCUGUAGAGAGGAACAAGGCUGUUGUAGUGUUUGUCCCUCAAUGGAUAUUUCUGAUGCACUUUUUGUAUUGCUGAUUACCUUCUGAGGUUUUUGUGCCUUCGAUAUGAGAAUUUUCCAAGACGGGUCGUUGUGCUGCUCGGCUUGAUUUCCCUUUCUUGUCCUACUGGUGUCCAGGUCUAGAUGGGUGUAUUUUUUUGUCUAUGCAACAAAAACAGUGAUGUCUCAUAUCUUCAAGUGAAGGUUUUGAGCUGCAGUUGAAGAAGAUGUUUUGUGGGUGAAAAUCCUGAAUGUUGGAUGAUUCCAGUGUACAGUGGAUCUCUUUGUAACCGUGCCAUGGGUGAUAAUUGAAAAGGAAGGGAUUAUACCGGUCUUAUUACUGGUACUAUGUCGUGUUUGAGGGUGUCACUAGUACUUUUGUCAAAUAAGAGUAUGUGAGUAUAGAAUAUAUCUUGGAAAUUAUCAAAGUAAGUAAACGUGUGUCAUGUUGAUGGGCAGUAAAUUCUAAGAUCUGAAGAAGAAUCUCCUCUGGUUUCACCAUUGUGCCUUCUUUAUAAAGAGCAGUGUGAUCCAUGUGCAAGAAAUUUGCAAGAAAUAAACAGCAAGACCUGUCUAUACGAUGAAUGGCAUCAUCUGUCUGCCGAUAUUUAAAUUAAACUUUUGUAUGUUUUCAGAAGGA